GUCAGAGGCAGGGCUGAGUCAGCCCGCAGGAAUUAGGAAGUGUGUGUUUACGCCUGAUUCAACGCUACAUACGACAGCUAGCAGGAACAGAAAUGUCAGCAUCUGCUACACAGUCAGAGCUGAGGCUGGUGGUGCUGGGCCGGAGUGGGGCAGGGAAGAAAACUGCAAUAUGCAAAAUCCUCGGCCUGCAAGACUACCAGCAGGACACAGAUGAUGAUGCUGUCCAGGAGUGCAGCAAACACAGAGGGGAAGUCGCGGGCAGACAGGUGGUGAUAGUCUCUAGUCCAGCCUGGUACGGUUCAGGUUGCAACUCAGAGGAAAGAAGAAAGUACAUUUCCUCCUUCAUCGCCUCAUCCAGCCCUGGGCCACACGCCUUUCUGCUCUGUGUCCCAGCAAACCAGCCGGCUGAUGAAGAGGCCAAGGCACUGGAUGUCCUGAAGAAGCUCUUUGGUUCCUCUGCUGUAAGCAGAAAUGCCAUCAUACUCUUCACCCACACAGAUGUGCUGGAUGAGGACGAGCAGCUGGAAGAAUACCUCAUCACAUGGCGAAAGGACCUAAUGGAGCUGGUGGAGAGAUGCGGAGAGCGCUACCACACCCUGGAAGCCCGCAGUGGAGAACAAGAUGGAAAGACAGCGGUGGAGGAGCUGCUGGAGAAAGUCGAGCAGGCAGUUAUGAAGACUGGGGGUUUACACUUUAGCUGCCCUCUGUACCAGGAGAGUGAGGAAAGGGUGAGAGAGAGGCAGGCAGAGAUAGUGAGACAGAGGAGAAGAGAGGAGCUGAAUGACCAGGUGUCUCCCUCAGACUCCCAACUGGAGAAUGAGGAAGAAUUGGAAGAGGUCCGGGAAGAAGCAGAGAGGAGCAUAGGUGACCUGAAUGUGGAUGUAGAUAGCAUUUUUCCCUCUACUGAUGUUUCACCUUCCUCCUCUGCUCCGUCUUUCCUCGGGGGCUUGUGGGAAAAGCUGACAGGGUGGAUUAGGUGGCUGUCCUCUCUGGUGAGAAGGGAGUCGCUGCUGGGGUCACUGGUCGGCCUGUUCGUGGGAGGGACGUAUGGAGGUAUGGUUGGGGCCACUGUGGGGUCUGUGGCUACAGAAGUGGGGCGAAGAAAAACAGAGAAAACUAAAUGAGAAGCAAUCUCAUGUUUAAGUUGCACCUUAAAGUCACUCUACUGUGUUCCACAAACCACUGUAUUACUGGGCUAUGGGCUUACCCACUAACACUUGUCAAAAUAGCAUGUUUCCCUUAUUACAAAUAAUGCUUUAUAGAUCAGUUUUAACCAGUAAAUAAGGACAAUUUAGGCUUUGCUGGAUUUGAAAAAUCCUUUGGCUGGUAUGUAUUGUUCUCAAAUGUAACUGCCACUGUCUUUUUUGCUAGCUUAGUAUUCAAUAUUGUCGGCAUGACUCAGAUCUUUGCCUCUUUCUGUACUUCAAGUACAUAAAGACGCCAUCUUGUCUGUAAACAAACCACUGAGUGGUAGCGAAAACUUGUCUUUCAUGCAAACUGUGGGAGACUGCAGCAGUUUGCUGUGACCAAAGUAAUCAGAGGUUUUCAGUGGAGCACUGGAUACACCUUAUUUCAAGUAGUGAUAGCACGCAACCUUCUGCAACCACUUGCCAAUUGAUCAGGGAAUGCACAUUUUUUCCUAAAGACCGUUAGUUAUCAGCUGGUUGUGGAGGCCUCUGUGACUGGGACCUAACAGAGCAUCCGAGAUGUCCUGAUGAAUGCAGCUUGCUAACCAAGCUUGCUAGCAGUGUUAUUUUUUUUGGUUGAGGAGUGGUUGGUUCUGUCCAACUUGCCUUUCCUUUUAGCUCUAUUUUUGAUCUCCAUCAGCUUCUGAGGAAAAUAUCAAACUUUUAAGCUGCUGUGUUCACAAGCUAGUUUCUGACUUUGCUGUGUUUGUUGUUUGGUGCUGGGCAGGCAUAGGCACAAGGUUUGUGUUUUCCCCUCCCUUCCUCUGUCAGUGAAAAAAGUCAGCGAAAACAUGAAAAUCAACAAGUUUGAAGAAGUUAAAGCUUUGCAAAGCUGACAUAGAGUGCAGAGCUAGCGCUACACUAGCUCGUCAAACUAACUGCAUCUAAACCUAUUACUGUGAAAAUUUUGAAUAUCCUUUUAACUUUCCUAUAAAAAGGAUAUCAUACAACAGCCAAAGCGAUUAUUCAUAACCUGGCAAGCAGCUCGUCCUUAUGAGUGGACUAUUACUGAUCUCUGAAGAAAUUAUUUAUCAUUAAGUAACAACUCCUGAACCUGUUUUAUGCUUUGUAGAGAGGGCACAGUGAAGGCUUGAAACACUUUUGUUAGGAGGCAAUACCAAGAAGAAUCCACAAGGUGGUGACAUUGACCUUUAUAUAGAAGUUUGAAGUUUUUUGAGGUGAACUGAAAGAUAAUCAUUUACUGCCUACCAAGCAAAUAAAAGCUGCUGUUUUAAGUACA